AACUUAGUGCAUAGGUUCAAAAACCAACACUAAAUCAACAAAAUGUCUUUGGAACGUCAAGUUCGCGCUAAAAUCGCCGCCAAGCGCAACCCCCAACAAGAUAAAGAAGCGCAAGAAUGGAUUGAAGCAGUUCUCGGCGCCAAAUUCCCUCCAGGUGAGCUCUACGAAGAUGUUAUCCGCGACGGAACCGUUUUGUGCCAACUCAUCAACAAGCUCUCCCCCGGCGCCGUCCCCAAAAUCAACACCUCUGGAGGCCAAUUCAAAAUGAUGGAAAAUAUCAACAACUUCCAGGCUGCUCUCAAAGCCUACGGAGUCGCGGACGUUGACGUGUUCCAAACUGUAGACUUGUGGGAAAAGAAGGACAUUGGCCAGGUCACAAACACCAUUUUUGCGUUGGGCAGGACCACCUACAAGCACCCUGAAUGGAAAGGACCCUACCUUGGCCCCAAACCCGCCGAUGAGAACAAACGCGAGUUUUCUGAGGAACAGUUGAGGGCUGGAGAGUCCAUUAUUGGGCUCCAAGCUGGUCAAAACAAGGGCGCCACACAAGCAGGACAAAACAUCGGCGCUGGCCGCAAAAUUAUCCUUGGAAAGUAAAUCACUUUGAUAUUUAUUUGUACCUGUAUAUUUCCACAAGAUACGUUUUUUAUUUAUAUUUAAAUUCUUAUAUAAUGUAUAAAAAUUAUUAAUACAUUUAUUUAUUUAUUUAUAAA